GUGUGUCGUCCUCUCCGAUCGUGACCGGUAUAGUCUCAAAAUUCUGUCGUAAAUUCACCGAAUCAAAAUCCCGGACGUCGACCCUCGGAGUCUUGCUCCCAAUUUAUGAUACAAACCAGGCCUUAGGCUUAGAACAUGUGAGUCUCAUGUUCUUAUAAUAUUGUUUUCUGUCAUUAAGAACACUCACGGAGGUAAUUUCAUGCACCCAAUUUUGAAAGUUGUUUGGUUCUGUUGUCUUCGGCCCCAUGCAUCCAAUUUUGCGUGGGUAAAAUCACUAAAAACCAAAGUGGGCGUUGUGAAUUGUUUUGUCUGCGGGCUCGACUACUAACUCAGUACGAAAAAUUACCACGACAUCAUAUCACAAGGCACUUCAAGGAUGAGUGUGAAAGCUUUUGAACUGGUUCCAGCCGUAGAGAGGUUGAAGCUACUUGGGGAGAGAACAAGCAAAACUUCAAUUGAAUGUAUAGAAUGCUGUGGAAAGAAUCUCUACAUUGGGACAAGUGACUGCUUUGUGAUCCAUUAUUUGAUAGAAGAGAAGACACAGCCGAAUGGCAAGAUCACAUUCGUCUCUGAGAAGCAGUCUCACAAAUACUUGGCUGUGAGAAAACCAAUUCAGCAACUUCAGGCAGCAUCGGCCCUAACUAGGAUACUUGUAUUGUGCGAUAAUGUCCUGACGUUGCUUCAUAUGUUCAAUCUAGAGCCUAUUCUAAGUGGUGCCAAGAUCAAAGGAGUGACAUCAUUCUGUGUAAAUGAGAAUCCAAGAAGCGGUAGUCCUUUCAGCGUUGAGAUCGCUGUGGCUACAAAGAGGCGUUUGGUUCAAGUCUACUCUGUGACGGAAGACAAGAUGGUCCUGGUUAAAGAUGUAUCCAUACCAGAUAUGAGUGUCAAUAUUGGCAUCGAUUCAUUUUGCGUCUGUGUUGCCCUUAGCAACCAGUACAUCCUGGUGAACUAUGACACAGGUCAAAUCACGGACCUCUUUCCCAUCGAGACGGAGCACACCACGCCGGUCAUCAAGCGUGUUGGAAGGGAGGAGUUUUUACUCGCCGGUCCCGGUGCCCUUGGAAUGUUCGUCACCUCCGGGGGCAUGUCUCAGAGGCCGCCACUGAAGUGGGCGGAGUCUGUUUCAGCGGUCAGUUACACCUUUCCUUACGUGGUGGCGCUGGAUGAUGAAUUCCUAACAGUCCACAGUGUAUUGGACCAACAGCAGAAGCAGACCAUUCCAUUCCAAGGAGGGAAGUUAUUGGGUGACUUUGAAGGAAAGAUGUUUGUCGCUUCCAAUAAAGAGGUUUAUGCAUUGGUUCCGCUUCCAGUUGAGAAACAGGUACAAGCAUUGCUAGCUGACAAACGAGUAGAAGAAGCUCUUAACCUUGCCAAGAAUUACAGGAAAGCUGGACUGGGGAAGGAUAAGUUCAUGCAGAUGUACAAUCGCAUACAGCAACAGGCAGGCUUUAUUCAGUUUGCACAGCUCAAUUUUGCUGACUCCAUGGAAUUGUUCAAAGAAGCGAAGCUGGAUGUGAGAGAGUUGAUCUGUCUCUACCCAAACCUGCUGCCUUCCAACUCCAACUUCCACCGAGCGAUUCCUCCGCUUCACGACUUUGCCGAUAUUAGCCAGGUUGUGAGAGGAAAGCCUGACAAGGCGGCAGAGUGUAAGCAGUUUCUCAUGGACUUUCUUGAGGACGUGAGGGAGACUGACCUAGCAGUGGGAAUGAAACUGGAGGUAGAUACAGCUCUAAUGAAGCUCUACGCCGAGUCCAACCCACCCAAGUUAAUUACCCUCAUCUCAAGUGAGAACUCGGUCGAUCCUGAAGACAGUCGGGACUACCUUCAUCGAUUCGGUCGCCAUCAUGCUCUGGCGCUUCUCCACAAGUACCAAGGGGACAGUGAACAGGCUAUGGUAAUAUGGUCAAGGUUAGUAGAUGGUGACAUUGCUGAUGAGACCUUCCCUGGACUAGGAUAUGUGAUUGAUUUCUUAUCGAGUUUAUCAGAUCAUGAAUUAGUAUGGAGGUAUGUGGACUGGGUCAUGAGAAAGGAACCGGAGAAUGCAACCAAGAUAUUCACUGAUAGACCAGAGAAUGAACCUGUCAGUGAGAGAAUGAGACCAGAUGUUAUUAUUGACUAUCUUCAUGCCUAUCCCACCGCUGUCAUCAGAUAUCUUGAGCACCUAGUCUUCGUCAAGAAAAUGGAGGUAAGUCGUGAAAUGAAAUAUAUUUAGUGAUGAUAAUUUUUGGGGUAAAGGGCAAUAAUCUCUUUAUUCUUCUCUCCCCCAUUUUUGUUAAUCCUACUUUUCUUUGUCUUAAUCUCUCAAAAUGUGAUUCUUAUUUCCUUCAAUUUCCCAUAUUCCUUUAAUUCCUUUCAUCCUCCUUUUUUCCUCCCCUUGUUUACUUCACUUUCCUUCUGCAAUUUUCCUUUCGUUGACUCUCCAUAUUUAUAUAUUUUCUUUUGAUUGCUUAAUGUUUCCUUUAUCUCUUCAUCUCUCUCAUUUCCCUUUAUCCUUCUGUCCUCUGUCUCUCUCUGCCAGAAUAUGUCUUGUUCCUUCUUCUAUUUCCUUUCCCCCUUCUAUUUUCCCAUGUCUCAUUCUCUCUUCAUUUUCCUUUAUCCCUCUUUAUUUUAUUUUCUCUCCUUGCCUUUCCGAGUUGUUGAAACGGUCCCUUAUCUCUCCAUCUGUCUUUAAUUUCUCCCUCUCAUUUCUCUUUGUCUUUCUUUUAUUUUCUGCAUCAUCGCCUCUCAGAAUUUGUAUCCAUUUUACCUUCAAUUUCGUAUCUCCCUUCUAUUUCUUUCAUGUCUCCCUUCUAUAUUCCAUAAAUGAAGAGUUUGGUUGCAAAAGGGGUUAGGUCCACUUUGGACCAUUUCGAGAAAAAUCAUGUUUUUUAUUCUCACUUGUUGCAAUAUUCUUAUGCAAAACUAAAUUUUCGUGAUACCCUACCAUGUGAACAUAAAAUUGGGUAUAAAAGAAAUUUACCUGUCUUCAUAUUUUUUUGUAGAAUUCUUUGUGGACCUAACCCCGGGGGGGCCACUUACAUUGACGAGUGGAUACAUGUAAAAAGGAUGUCUUUUUCAAGAUAGGGCACGUUACGUACGUAACGUAAUAAGGAUGUCAAAAACACUAAAAUAAUUUUUAAAAGGGUAUCUAUUUCGCUAGGAAAACUACAUGUUUAGGGUCAAAUAUGCGAGGGUAUAAAAAAGACUAAAAUGUUUUAUUAAGGAUGAAAAAAGUGAUUUUUCUUUGCCAUUUUUAUUCACUUUUUAAUGGGUAUUUCAACUUUUCUUUGGUAUCAUCUAAAAGAGCUAGUAAAAAUCUAUACAUUGAGACAC